AUGGUCGACCGGCCCAACAAGCCCACCGCCCUGGCCACCACGCCCGGCCUCCCGCCCCAGGCCACCGUCGACAUCACCCACAACAACACCCGCGUCUCCGCCACCCUCCCCACCGGCGAGUCCGUCGAGGUCCUCCUCCACGGCGCCACCGUCCUCUCGUGGAAAUCCGCCGCCGGCGCAGACCGCCUCUGGCUCUCCGAGUCCACCGUCCUCGACGGCUCCAAGCCCGUCCGCGGCGGCAUCCCCCUCGUCUUCCCCGUCUUCGGCCCCCCCUCCGACGCCCACCCGCCCACCGCCAAGCUGAGCCAGCACGGCUUCGCGCGCAGCUCGCGCUGGGAGUUCCUCGGGAAAUCCACCAGCGAGGGGUCCGCCGGCUCAGAGUCCUCCGUCAAGCUCGACUUUGGCCUGUCCUCGGCCAACCUCGACGCCGAGACCCAGGCCAAGUGGGGGUACAAGUUCGGCGCCAUCUACAGCGUGUCGCUCGACCGCGAGACGCUGUCGACGUCGUUGGUCAUCACGAACGAGGGCGACGAGGCCUUUGACUGCCAGGUCCUGAUGCACACCUACCUGCGCGUCAACGACAUCACAAAGAUCUCAGUGCAAGGCCUCGACGGCGCCGCCUACACCGACAAAGUCGACAACGGCGCCUCAAAGUCCCAAUCCGGCGACGUCACCAUCACCCAAGAGACGGACCGCAUCUACACCCCCACCGGCGGCCCCCGGACCCCCGUCACCGUCCUCGAGAGCGGCAAGCCCGUGUUCUCCGUCGUCCGCGACAACCUCGACAACGUCGUCGUCUGGAACCCCUGGGUCGACAAGGCGCAAGGCAUCGCCGACUUCGCCCCCAAGGACGGCUACAAGAACAUGCUGUGCGUGGAGCCCGGCGCCGUCAAGGAGUGGCAGAAGCUCGAGCCCGGCGACGCCUUCGAGGGCGCCCAGGUCAUUACGGCGAGCUCGAACUGA